AUGUCGGCAGCCUUGGAGGCGGCACAGCUAACGGCAAAGGAGGCUCUGGAGUCGAAGGAGGCGAUCCAGGUGGCCUUUGAGGAGUCCGAGCGGGUCAGGGCUUCCGAGAUCGAGGCUGCCGUCCAGGAGGUGAUACGGGGGUACCGUCGGUCUACCGAGUUUUCUACCUUGCUUGACAAGGAAGUAGGCUUGGAAAUGGCGGAUUUGCUCUACCGUUUCAAGUGGUACAACCCCGGGAAAAAGCUCAACCUCAACUUCAUUGCCGAUCCUCCCCCUCUUCCUGAAGGCAUAACCGAAGAAAUGAUCGAGGAGUACGAGGGAGAGGAUGCCGCAGAAGAGGCUCCUGCCGAUCCCGAAGGGGCUACUGCCGAAGGUGAUGGGGUUGCUGCCGAAGCCGAUGAGGCUGCCGCCAGACAGAAAGCUUCUUCUCGUUUUCAACUAAAGCUAGUUGAGCUCUUGGAGAUGAUAAAGGAUUACGAAGUGGAGGACGUCUCGGGAGAGCCCGUUGCCCCUGAUACCGAGGAGAAGACUGCCGUUUGA